UCGCUCUCUGCUCUGCAGCUGGAAACAUCCUCACUGCUGAUCCUGGAAUAACUUUAACUUUACUGAACGAGUUCAAAGCGUUUUAUUCUAUAUUUCUUUCGCGGUUUUAGUGGAAACUGAAUCAGUGGGAGGAAAAAAUGAGGCUUAUUCAGAACAUGUCGACCAUUGCGGAGUGCAGCGCGCCGGAGUGCUGCGUCCCGAACCGGGUUAUUAAAAUAGCGGUUAUUGGAGGCAGCGGAGUGGGAAAAACAGCGCUGGUGGUGAGAUUCUUAACGAGGCGUUUUAUUGGAGACUAUGAGCGAAAUGCCGGUAACCUUUACUCCAGAGAGGUCCAGGUGGAUGGAGAUCAGGUGACCAUCCAGGUCCAGGACACUCCUGGUGCAGAGAUGACUGAUAAUGGUAUCAGUAUCCCCGAUCAUGUGACGUGCUCCAUCCAGUGGGCCGACGCCGUGGUCCUGGUGUAUUCUGUGACCGACCGCCGCAGCUUUGAGCUGAUCGAUCAGCUGCACCAGCUGGUGGUCCGUACGGGCGGGACCGGCGUGCCCCCGUUGAUCCUGCUCGCCAACAAGGCAGACCUGCUUCACCUGAGGCGUGUAGACUCCCAGCAGGGCCCUUUGCUGGCGGGGACUCUGGGAUGUUCCUUCUUCGAGGUCUCCGCCAGCGAAGAUUAUAACCAGGUGCAUGGAGCUUUCCACAGACUGUGCUGCCAGCUCGCCAAGCAGCCGCCGCCUCCAACCGCCAGCGCCGCCCCAGAGAAGAGGCGCUCGCCCCUCAUUCCCCGGCCAAAGUCUCCCAACAUGCAAGAUCUCAAGAGGCGUUUCAAACAGGCGCUGUCUGCUAAAGUCAGAACUGUGACCUCUGUGUGAAGAGGACUGGAAGCCGAGG